AUGCUGAUCGGUUUCUUCGAUAUCAACGGCAUCGUGAUGACUGAAUGGGUUCCAGAGGGUCAAACUGUGAACCAACAUUACUAUUUGACAGUUUUGGCAACAUUGCGCGAAAGAGUUCGUAAGAAACGGUCGGUAUUGUGGAAAAACAAGUCGUGGAUCUUGCACCAGAAUAACGCACCUGCCCAUAACGCGCUGUCUGUCUCGUAA